AUGUUGGGCUUGAGAUUUUCGGUUCUGGCGAUCUGCCUCACUCUGAGCCUGCAAUGGAUAGAUCCUGUGGAUUCUAAAGUGUGCGAGACGCAUGACAAGAAAAUAGGCAAAUGCCGGCGUCCUAAAGAUUGCCCGGCUCUUAGGCCUAUUGUGAAAAAGCAGAAAGAAGGCAUUCCCCUAACCGACGAGGAGCAAAAGUUUGAAAAAGCCGUUUUGAUAUGUGAAAAGAGAAAAUCUUUUUGCUGUGAGGAUCCAUUUAAUGCUGAAGGAGUAGACUUGCUGAAACAAAAUGAUGAAAUAUGUGGUACUUUCUCAGAUCCUAAGGUUUCAAAUGGUAUGAAUGUUAGAAUGGGAGCGCGGCCGUGGAUGGCCCUACUCGAGGAUAAUUUGACACUGCCUUUUAGGGCACGGUUUAAAUGUGGCGGCACUCUGAUCACUUCGAAAUUCGUCUUAACGGCUGCGCACUGUAUCAAUAAGACUACCCUGGUAUCCGUCCGUCUGGGAGAACAUGAUCUUAGUAAGGACGAGGACUGCUUAAGCUUUGACGAUGAGCCAGUGUGUCUGGAUAAACCCCUGGACGUUCCAGUCGACAAGAUUUUUGUCCACGUGGGAUUUCAACGUUUAAGAGCUGUGAACGAUAUUGCAUUAAUCCGCCUAAAAUACCCAGUCCAGUUUACCGAUUGGAUACGACCCAUAUGUCUGCCGAUAACAAAAGAUCUUCAGUUUGAGAGUCAAACCAACAUACCGAUGGAGGUUGUCGGCUGGGGCAUAACAGAUGAAGAAAAGCUCUCAGACGUCCCUAAGAAAGCUUUCAUCAAUCGGGUGAACUUAGCCGAGUGCAACAUCUUAAAUCCAAUGAGCCCAAACCUCUGCGCCAGUGGCUUGGACAAAGAUAGCUGCAGGGGUGACUCCGGAGGACCACUGAACUAUCCCACUUUAUACAAUGGCAAACAGCGCUGGGUGCAGGCUGGAAUCGUGAGUUACGGAGAUCAGAAAUGUGGCGAAAAUCCGUAUGCGGUCUAUACUGAUGUGGCUGAAUAUAUGGGUUGGAUAACCGAAACCAUUGCGCAACACGAAUAGCCACUCUAAUCGAAAUUCAAAAUUUAAAGGAUAUUGAAAUAAAUCAUUAACUGCUAUUAUUCUUAAUAA